AGGAAUGGUAGGUUAUUGAGGAGGACUCUUUGUUUAAAGCUUGCAAAUUAAAGCAAAGACAAAACCUCACUUUUUCCCUCAUAAGAAAAACCAUGAACAAGGAUGAUGAGAUGGACAAAAAAACCAUCUUAGAAGAACUUCUCCUAAAGAAGUCACAACAAAAGAAGAAAAUGUCACCAAACAAUUACAAAGAAAGACUUUUUGUCCUGACAAAAACACACCUCUCCUACUAUGAUUAUGAUAAGAUGAAAAAAGGCAGCAAGAAAGGAUCGAUUGAUAUUAAGAAAAUUCGGUGUGUUGAAAGAGUGAAUCUUGAGGAACAAACCCCCAUGGACAGACAAUAUCCAUUUCAGAUUGUUUAUAAAGAUGGCCUUCUAUAUGUGUAUGCAUCAAAUGAAGAGAGCCGAAGCCAGUGGUUAAAAGCUCUUCAGAAAGAGAUAAAGGGAAACCCUCACCUGCUCAUCAAGUACCACAGUGGAUUCUUCACCGAUGGCAAGUUCCUUUGUUGUCAGCAAAGUUGUAAGGCGGCUCCUGGAUGCACCCUCUGGGAGGAAUAUCCAAAUCUGCAGGUGGCAAGCAUCCCUGGGAAAUCAAUAUUCCCCCACAUUCCUGAUAGACUGCUGAAGAUUCCACGAGCAGUUGCUGUUCUUCCACUUCAUGGAUCAUCCCCAAAAUCUAUGACAGCAGAAUUUGAUUCAGAGCUCAGGAUUCACAGUUCUGAGACAGAUGCAUGUACACAAGGCGAAAAUGCUGUAUCUGGGAUCCAGUUAAAGAGACAUGUAAAAACUCAGGGUAUGCCAAUGAUUUCCUGGGGAGAUGCAAGAUCAAGUUCAUCUGAGGAAGAGGAAAGCCUUAACAGCUAUGACUGGUUCGCAGGUGAUAUCUCAAGAGCCCAGUCUGAACAAUUACUGAGACAAAAGGGAAAAGAAGGAGCAUUUAUGGUUCGGAAUUCAAGCCAAGCAGGACGAUACACAGUAUCCUUAUUUAGUAUGGCCCUAAAUGAUAAAAAAGGAGCUGUAAAACAUUAUCAUGUGCACACAAAUGCUGAAAACAAAUUGUACUUAGCAGAAAAUUAUUGCUUUGAUUCGAUCCCUAAGCUUAUUUAUUAUCAUCAACACAAUUCAGCAGGCAUGAUUACAAGGCUUCGACAUCCAGUAUCUACCAAAGCCAAUAAGGUCCCAUUCACAGCAUCCUUGGGAAAUGGAAUUUGGGAGCUAAAGCGAGAAGAUAUUAUUCUUUUGGAAGAACUGGGAUGUGGACAAUUUGGAGUGGUGCAUCUGGGAAAAUGGAAAGGGAAGUAUGAUGUUGCCAUUAAGAUGAUUAAGGAAGGUUCUAUGUCGGAAGACGAAUUCAUACAGGAGGCCCAUACCAUGAUGAAACUCAACCACCCCAAGCUGGUCAAAUUCUAUGGUGUGUGCACUGAGAAGUACCCCAUCUACAUAGUGACUGAGUACAUUACAAAUGGUUGUUUGCUCAGCUAUCUGAAAUGUCAUGGGAAAGAACUCCAACCCUUCCAGCUUCUGGAAAUGUGCUACAAUGUUUGUGAAGCAAUGGCAUUCUUAGAGAGCCACCAGUUCAUACACCGAGACUUGGCUGCUAGGAAUUGUUUGGUUGACAGUGACCUUUCAGUGAAAGUAUCUGACUUUGGAAUGACCAGAUAUGUUCUUGAUGAUCAGUAUGUCAGCUCAGUAGGAACAAAGUUCCCAAUCAAGUGGUCAGCGCCAGAAGUGUUUCAUUACUCCAAAUAUAGCAGCAAAUCAGACGUAUGGGCCUUUGGAAUCCUGAUGUGGGAGGUGUUCAGUUUGGGAAAACAACCUUAUGAACUCUAUGAUAAUAGGCAGGUGGUGACAAAAGUUUCCCAAGGUUAUCGGUUGUAUCGUCCACAGCUAGCUUCAGACAACAUCUACCAAAUAAUGUACAGCUGCUGGCAUGAGCUUCCAGAAAAACGUCCCACAUUUCAUCAGCUCCUGUCUUCCAUUGAUACACUUCAGGAAGAUGACAAACUUUGAAAAAAGAAAAUGGAAGAAAUAUAUAUAAAGAACAUAAAUCUGGCAACUAUCUUCAUUCUUUUUAAGGGAAGCAGAAAGGACUGCACUCUCAGUAGUUUAGUUGCUUCAACUCAGUGUUGUGUCAUUUAUUGUUUGUUCUUUAUAAUGUAGAGGAGUGAAUAAGAUAAGGGAGGAAAAUUUCCAAGGAUUUUUAGGGGGUCAUCUGACUAAAAUUUACUGAUAUUGCUCCUAAGAGAACAAUAUUCCCUUGAUGAAAAUAGAAUUACAUAUUGUGGUAUAUGAAUGUUAUGGAAUAUUAUUGCUCAGUAAGGAAUGACCAGCAGGAUGAAUACAGAGAGGCUUGGAGAGAUCUACAUGGACUGAUGCUAAGUGAGAUGAGCAGAACCAGGAGAUCAUUAUACACUUCAACGAUACUGUAUUAGGAUGUAUUCUGAUGGAAGUGGAUUUCUAUGACAAAGAGACCUAACUGAGUUUCAAUGGAUAAAUGAUGGACAGAAACAGCUACACCCAAAGAAGGAACACUGGGAAACGAAUGUGAACUAUUUGUAUUUUUGAUUUUCUUCCCGAGUUAUUUUUACCUUCUGAAUCCAAUUCUCCCUGUGCAACAGGAGAACUGUUCGGUUCUGCAAAUAUGUAUUGUAUCUAGGAUAUACUGCAACAUAUUUAACAUUUAUAGGACUGCUUGCCAUCUUGGGGGGGGUGGAGGGAGGGAAGGGAAAAAAUCAAAAUAUAAGCGAGUGCAAGGGAUAAUGUUGUAAAAAAUUACCCUGGCAUGAAUUCUGUCAAUACAAAGUUAUUAUUAAAUAAAAUAAAAUUUAAAUAAAAAAAAGAAAAGAAAAUAGAAUUACAUUUCAUGCCCAUUUCUAUUAAACAGUAUUCAUUUUUCACUACUUUUAUAAAUUAAAUAGAAAGUUAAAAUGAUUAAUUUAUUGAGGUUUAUUUUAUCAGACUGUAUUCUUAUUCUUUUUCUUAGAGUAUAAUCAUUAGAUUUAGAACUGAAGAGAGAGAUUAAUAACCCAGCCCCUUCAUGAAAUCCAGAGAG